AUGGCUGCUGUGGCCGUUAAUGAAGGGCACUUCCGCCGUGAAGGUGGCCGCGACGUGGUUUUCGGCACCCUUGGGGAGGAGGAUGGGCAUGCUGCACUGACAUUCUACCCGCUGGGCAGCUCUCGCCAGGCCUUGGUGCUCGUGGAGGAGGCCGCCAACAAGGCGAAAUUGCGGCUCCUUUGCACAAAUCGGCCUGGCAAUGGGAGCACCAGCCCACCGCUGGAUCCACCGGAAGGUGUUUCGGCGAUUGCCUGGCAUCUCGAGACUGCUGUUGACGAUGCCAGGGCACUUCUCGCAAAGCUUCAGAUUGCGAAAGUGUCCAUCCUGUUCUUCUGUGCCGGUACGCCGUUCGCUCUACGGUUUGCCUCAAAGUAUCCCGAGCUGUGUACAGGACGUAUGCUCGGCGUCGCCCCGUGGGUGUCGCCUGCCGACUGCCAGGAGACAAAGGGGUUUUUCCGAUGGGCGUCUUCGCUCCCUGCAUGCGUGGUCAGCUCCGUGGGAGGUCCCUGGAUGGCUGCGGGAAGCUACGUUACUAAGUCCUUGCCAUCAACUUCACUUGCUCGGGCAGGGUUAGAGAAGGAGGAGGCAGUGAUCUUCGACAGAGAAGCAGUCAAGAUGGCGGCGCGCUUCCGCGUUGCAAGCAGUGAGAGUGGUUCUGGCGAUGCGUUGGACUUGCCUGUGCUCUUGGCUUCAUACAAGGACAUCGGGCUCAGCCCGGCCUUAUCCUCCGAGCAAGCUGUGCAGAUCUUUUUCGGGGAGAAGGAUACAAUGGUGACGCCAGCAUGCGUAAGGUGGCUGGGCGAUGUCCUGAGUGGGCCAAGCCGCGUGACACUACAAGAGUUGCCGCAGACUUCCCACACUGGUGCGCUGUUGCUCUUGGACGAACGUCUUUGGCAAGCUCUGGCUUGGCUGGCAACAGGCAACUCGUAG